AUUAUAAAAACUUGCCAUUUCAUCUCCAAUUACAAUCAGAGAAGGGCUCCUCGAUGAUGGCAAGAUUUACUAUAGGUAUUCUUUUAAUAAUAUUAGCGGCUGCCGCUGGAAAAACAGUGGAACGCAGAGCUCUAGAGAGAAAUCCGUAUGACCUACAUGAUUUUUCACCUUUCGGCAGAAGGCAGCCUGUCUUUGUUAUGGAAGCGGGAGAGUUGGGAAAAUUCAGCAAUGGAUAUCCAUUUAAUUCGCCACCUUACGAAAGAAUCUUCAAUCCGCUACCAAGUAGCAGAAAAGAUAUUGGUACAGAAUUUCGGUUCUUCAGCUCAACGAAUAAAGACGAACCUCAGUAUAUUUCCAAUAUGAAUUUCUCUUCGUGGAACAUAAAAGAUAGCGGUUUCAAGCGCUCUUGGAAAACAUUCUUUCUCAUACACGGUUACAGCGGAGGUAAUGCUGAAUGGCAAGUGAAUCUAAAAAAUGCACUAUUAAAGAAAAUGAAAUGUAACGUUUUCGUCGUUGAUUGGUCAGAAGGAGAUGGACCUAUAUUUGAACAAGCGGUUGCAAACAUAAGAAUAGUCGGAGCUGAAGUUGGACUUUUCAUUCAGCGAUUAGUAAAAAAAGCUGAUUUGGAUCCCAUAUUCGUACAUAUCAUUGGCCACAGUCUUGGUGCACAUGCCUCAGGAUACGCUGGUAAAUGGUUUCGAAGGAAAGAGAAAACUUUAGUUUCGCGAAUUUCAGGACUGGAUCCAGCGGGCCCAUAUUUCAAUGGCGUUCAUAAAGAUGUAAGACUAGACAAAGGGGACGCAGAUUUUGUUGACGUCAUUCACACAAACUUGGCAGGCAAUCGCUUCUCAGGGUAUGGAUUAGAAGAAGCAAUAGGACAUGUAGAUUUUUACCCCAAUGGUGGCGAAGAUCAACCCGGGUGCAAAUCAGCUUCGGAGGCUACAGGUGGAAUUAUUCUUGAAGCUGCGAGUUACCUUAAUUUAUGGAGUCUGGCAUAUAAAUAUUACAGCAGAGGAACCCUUGCUCCACCAGUGGAAGAGAAAAUCAAUGAUUUAUCCUGCAGCCACGGAAGAUCCUAUGAGUAUUACAUUGCCAGCGUAGAGGAUCCAGAUUGCAAAUUCUUAUCUCUGCAGUGCUACUCGUGGGAAGGUUAUACAGAAGGCGCAUGUGUGUCAUGCAACCCAGGGAUGUGCGUAAAAAUGGGUUAUUAUGCAGACCAAAGAGGAUAUGGAUUGGGAAAAGACAAAUCUGCUAAAUUCUAUCUGAGGACGAAAGAAACUCCUCCUUAUUGCUUGGAAAAAUAAAGGAAUUGCUUGAAAUA